AUGGAGGACGCUUUUAAGAAACUUGAGAGAGAAAAUCAGAACUCGGUCGACAACUUGGUGAAAUGGAUGAAAGAUUCAAAAAUAGUUGACGGUACAAAGGUCACGGAAGAAAAGGCGAGGCAACUCUUUGAUGAUGUUAAAGACGCUUCCAACGUGGAGCUGGCCAAAUUUCAAGAAGCCAUUGGAAAACUGGCGAGCGAACAGAAGAAAUCUAUUGAAGAUUUCUCAAAAACUCUAGCAGCAGAGGCACCCAAGUUUCUAGAAGCAGCAAUGGCUGCAGCAACCGCUGCCGCUGCGGCAGCCGCCAGCACAUUCAAGGAAGCUUUGAGCAAAAAAUAA